AUGUAUAAAUUUCAAUUUGAAAGAACGAAGGAAAAUCCUUUUUAUAGCAAUGAAAUAUCCGAAUUAUCUUUUAACGGGAAAAAAAUGUUCAGCGUAUCUUCCGCUUUUGCAGACGUCACAUUUUUGAUCACGCUUGAAAAAAUCCUACACCAAGCUGCUGCUGCUAUUGCUACUGUUGUUACAGAUUGCCAGUCUGCUGUUCUUCAAUGCCUUGUCGGUUUAUUCAUUCAUUGGUGA